UACUUAUUAUUACUUUAAAACCAUGGUGAAGCGCAGCAGAGUGUCAGCCAUCUGGAAGAAGCGCAUCAAACUUGAGUAUCUGCGACUACGCUCCCUUAAACGGUUCAAAAGAGCUGAUGAAAUCAAAGAUGCCUGGAACAGCAACAGAUCAAAACUUGAUGAGGCUUUGACUCGACUCAUAUCUGGGAUUGGCAACAAUGAUACUGCUAGUCAAAUAGGACUGCCGUCGGUGCCACCAGUGUGGGUGUGUGGCGUGGAGGCCCCAGCCCACGGUGCUGUGCUACGCAAGACUCACGUGACCUCGUCUGCUGGAGAAGCUCUGGUGGUGCCCAUACGCACCAUGGUGGCCGUCAACCCUUUACCCACCAUGUACACAUGGGCUCCUCUUCAGCAAAAUUUUAUGGUCGAGGACGAGACAGUUCUGCACAACAUCCCCUACAUGGGGGACGAGGUGCUUGACAGCGACGGCAAGUUUAUUGAAGAACUCAUCAGGAACUACGACGGAAAAGUCCACGGCGACAACGAGACUGGCUUCAUUGAUGACGAGAUCUUCGUCGAGCUUGUCAAGUGUCUCGUGUCAUACCAGAAGCGGGACGAGGAGACUAAGGCGGGCAAGAAGCUCUCCAGCAAAGAGCGCCCGCGGGCCCGGGACGUGGCUGACGAUGAUGACGAUGAUAAUGAUGACGAAGAUGCUGAAGAUGAUGAUACGCAAGAGGGCGAGGACGAGGGAGCUAAACUUCCUGAAGUGAACAAGAGUCCCCCCGGCUUCCCCUGCUACCAGAUCUUCCAAGGCAUCGCCGCGCUGUUCCCUGACAAGGGCACGGCCGACGAGCUCAAAGAGAAGUACAUGGAGCUGGUUGACCCGACUGCCGUGCCCCCCGAGUGCACAGCGAACAUAGACAGCGAGGGCGCCCUGAGUGUGCCCCCCGAGCAGUCCAUGCACAGCUUCCACACGCUCUUCUGCAGACGCUGCUACAAAUACGACUGCUUCUUGCACCCGUCCAGGGAUUUGAACGAAUGUCCCGGUCUGGCAUCCUCCCACCCGCGCCCCGGCAUCAACAAGCGCAAGAGCCCCGAGCUGCGCGCUCUCAGGGAGCCUUGUGGCGCUGAGUGUUACCUUAACCUGCCUGGCGUACGGAACACAGGCACCAGCGGUUCAUCAAGCGUGGCAGGGGAAGACGUGUGUCAGGACUCCAUGAACUCCUGCAGCAGCAGCAGCAUCGUCGCCAAGACAACGACCAGCAUCGUCAGCAGCAACAAGUUACGUCGCAGUUCGUCACAGGAUCGCGGUAAUGACGAUGACAGCUCCGAGGAAAGCAACGAUAGCAUGAGACUUGUGCGGUACUUUGCUGCUGCUUCUGCCGCCGCUUGUGCUGGUGCCGGCCCGUCGACCUCUUCUGAUGGCCAUGUAGGCGGCAGCUCAGGUAACGGUAUUCGCCGACAGAAUAGCUUUAGUGGAAUUACCGGCGUUACCAACGGUACAAAUGGCCAUGACUGCGAGAGAGCGUCUGGCAGUAACAAAUAUUACGGCUGUGAGAACGACCGUAACGGGAAAUACGUGUACACGGCCCCGUGUGACGCUGCACAACGCAGUCUUCUGGCCGUACUUCGCAGUGACCGUACGGAGGGAGCUCAACAAAAUAUGGGGGAAAACAAUCCGAAAGACGAACGCGAUUUGGUGGGAAAAAUACUAAAAGAAGAAGGGGAGUUGGAGGGCAACAACCCUAAAGACGGACGUGAGUUUGGUGACAAAAACUCGAAAGACUCCAAAGAUUUGUUGGAAAAAUCUAUUAAAGACGAAGGGGAGUUGGGAACCGGAGGGAGGAGUGACGACAGUUGGCUGGGAUCAGAAGCCUCGCUUUUCCGAGCUCUUCAGAAGGUUUUUCUGAACAAUUACUGCGCUAUUGCUCAGGCCAUCAUGUCCAAAACUUGUCAGCAGGUUUAUGAGUUUUCUCGCCUCGAGAGCACCGAGCUGCCGGCAGACGCCGUGCAGAAGGACAGCACUCCGCCCCGCAAGAAGAAGAAGAAACACAGGCUUUGGUCCAUGCACUGCCGCAAAAUUCAGCUCAAGAAAGACUCGAGCAACAACCACGUGUACAACUAUUCUCCGUGUGACCAUCCUAACCAGCCGUGUGAUCAGAACUGUGGCUGCAUCCUGACUCAGAACUUCUGCGAGAAGUUCUGCCACUGUAGUCCCGACUGCCAGAACAGGUUCCCCGGGUGUCGGUGCAAGGCUUCGUGCAACACGAAACAGUGUCCGUGUUUCCUGGCGGUGCGGGAGUGCGACCCUGACUUGUGCACCACGUGCGGUGCUAAUCAGUUCACCGUCGCAAAAAUUACAUGCAAAAACGUCUCCGUCCAGCGCGGUCUACAUAAGCACUUGCUGAUGGCCCCAUCAGAUGUGGCUGGCUGGGGCAUAUUCCUCAAGGACUCAGUAAAUAAGAACGAGUUCAUAUCAGAAUAUUGCGGCGAGAUUAUCUCCCAAGACGAGGCUGAUAGACGCGGCAAAGUCUACGACAAAUACAUGUGUUCAUUCCUCUUCAACCUCAACAACGACUUCGUCGUGGACGCAACUCGGAAGGGGAACAAGAUUAGGUUCGCCAAUCACUCUAUAAACCCGAACUGCUAUGCCAAAGUCAUGAUGGUUAACGGCGACCAUCGCAUUGGCAUCUUCGCCAAGCGUCACAUCGCUUCUGGGGAGGAACUCUUCUUUGAUUACAGAUAUGGACCGACGGAGCAACUGAAAUUCGUCGGGAUCGAGCGAGAGGUGGAACCGUAUCGACUGUAGGCUCCUCAGGUGCCAGUCGUUUCAUUUCAAUGAAAUUGUCGAUUAUGGUCAAAUUUUUCAGAGAUUUUUUCCACGGUUAGUUAUGAACUUAAUCAAGUUUCGUUAACAUUUAAUCCCAGUUCGCCAUCAAUGAGAAAAUGCGAAUAAGUUGAAUUCCCUCAAUUCAAAUUUCCGUUAUUUAGUGGCAUCUCUUUCAUUAAUAUUGUGGAAGAAGCUAUUUAUAUUAUGAGAAAUUCAUUUGCCCACGAACUGCCGUAUUAGUACAAAACUAUGAUAGACAUUCAAUGAUUCCAAUAUAGAUGAUUAUGAUCAAUAGAUGAUAGCAUCCAA